AUGCUCGCAAAAACACUCAUUUGGGCCUUUUCAGCCGCUUCGCUCGCUCUGGCGGGGAGUCCAGUCGAAGGGGGAGGAUGGGUGCAAGACAAGCCCAGCUUCUCUCAGCAACAAUGCGCGGGCGGCAAAGUCAGCGGAAACACAUUUUCUAUUCCCAAGUCUCCAAAUGGCGACACGAGCGGAUCAGGAUGCUCCAACGGCCACCUUCGAGCGGAGCGCAGGUACAAGGACGACUACUCGUCAGGAAUUCGCCAGUUUGGUGGCGAGUUUAAGAUUAACUCCAUGUCUGGCAGUCGCAUCUCUAUCAAGCAAACGUUUAAUGGCAACAGCGGCCCGUACUUCAUCAUGGGAGUUGAACAGGGCGGUCGGCUGUAUAGCGUCGAGGGCGGCAAGACAAUUGCCAAUGGAGUUGCCAAGGUCGGUGCCACAGUCCGCAUCAACACUGUCCACGACACAAAGAACCAUCGCUUCAGCGUUUACGUCAACGGCAAGGAAAUGUACCGGGACAACAGUGCACCGGGUGGGAGCUUUUACGACAAGAUUGGAGCGUACACCACCAACAGCGGCACCGGGGGGUUGAGCAUUACCUGGAACGACGUCCAGUUCUGGCACAAGUGA